GCCGUUAGCGUUCACCUUCGACAGUGAAUAUUCGCGAUAGAAAAUACGAAUAAUAAGGAGCCAAAAUCUAAGCUUCCGCGGCGUCCACCAGCGUCGGGUGGCCCCGCGGCACGAUGGCGGUGGCCCCCGGGCAUUUUUAUUUGGCUUCGUUGCCCCGCGAGAGACGUCGAGAUGCGUGCGCCGCGCGGUCAUAAAGAGAAGCGCGAAUGAGGCGGCCGGCGAAACGCGCGCCACUGGGCCCGCCCCGCCAUCACAUUUCCCACGCCGCACGCGCGCGGCGUCUCGCGCGAUUGACCGUCGACGCGCACGUGGUGGCCGCACCGUCGCCGCCCAUUGGCCGAGGCGGGCUAGCCGCGCGCGUUAACUGUAGGGAAUGUGGAGGCGGCGAGACAGAGGCGCUCAGGGGAGGGAGGCGGACGGACGAGAGGGGGGACGCGGCGGUGGCAGCGCUGGCGGCGGCGGCUGAGGACGAGGAGGCGGCGGCGGCGGUGGUGGUGGUGGGCGACGCGAAGCGAGCGGCCCGCGACAUGGCGGCCGUGUACUGCGUGUGCCGCCUGCCCUAUGACGUGACCCGCUUCAUGAUCGAGUGCGACGUGUGCAAGGACUGGUUCCACGGCAGCUGUGUGGGGGUGGAGGAGCACCAGGCAGUCGACAUCGACCUCUACCACUGCCCUAACUGCGCCAAGACCCAUGGGAGCUCGCUCAUGAAAAAGCGCAAGAAUUGGCACCGCCAUGACUACACUGAGGGCGGCGCCACCGGGAAGCCUGUGCAGACCGGCACGCCCGUCUUCGUUAAAAAGCUCCAGGGCCGCUCGUUUCCCAGCGCCGAGGAGGUGGUGCGGAGGAUGCCGGGGAGCCAGCUGACGGCGGACUACAUCAUCGAGAACGGAUUCACGUCGCCCAUCAUUGUGAGCAAGAAGGAUGGACUUGGCAUGACUGUGCCACCCCCUUCGUUCACGGUGUCCGACGUGGAACGCUAUGUUGGCUCGGACCGGAUGAUUGACGUGAUCGACGUGAACCGGCAAGCGGAUUUCAAGGUGACCAUGAAGGAGUUCUGCGAGUAUUACAACAGCACGUCGCGGCAGAAGGUGCUCAACAUCAUCAGCCUGGAGUUCUCCGACACCAGGCUGUCGGAUCUGGUGAAAGCGCCCGAACUUGUACACAAGCUCUCAUGGGUGGAGAACUACUGGCCCGAGGACGCGGUAUUCCCUCGGCCGUACGUGCAGAAGUACUGCCUCAUGGGCGUGCGCGACAGCUACACGGACUUCCACAUCGACUUUGGCGGCACCUCCGUGUGGUACCAUCUGCUCAAGGGCGAGAAGAUCUUCUACCUGAUCAAGCCGUCGAGUGCCAACCUGGCCCGCUACGAGCGCUGGAGCUCAUCGCCCAACCAGAGCGAGGUGUUCUUCGGUGACCUGGUGGACAAGUGCUACAAGUGCGUCCUCAAGCAGGGCCAGACGCUCUUCCUCCCCACCGGCUGGAUCCACGCGGUGCUCACGCCAUACGACUGCAUUGCCUUUGGGGGAAACUUCCUGCACAGCCUUAAUGUGGAGAUGCAAAUCAGGGCAUAUGACAUCGAGACGAGGCUAAAGACACCAGAGGUGUUCAAGUUCCCGAACUUCGAGUCGAUGUGCUGGUAUGCCGGCAAGAGCCUCCUGGAGAUGCUGAAAGAGAUGCGCGAAGACGGCGACUGCCCGCGAACCCACGUCAUGCAGGGGGCUCGCUCCCUGCUCCACGCCUUCCGCGCGUGGACUCAGAAGGAGAACGUGGAGCAGCACGAGCGCGAGAUCCCGGACAACCUGCGGCCGGGACAGCUCAUCAAGGAGCUCGGCAAAGAGCUGCAGCUGGGGGAGGUGAAGGUGCCCCGGAAGCCAUGUCGCCAGUUAACGAGCACGGGCGAAGGGCGGAGGGCGGUGCUCAGCAGGACCGCCGCCGGGAAUCGGCGCGAGAGGGAGCGCGAGCGCUGCGGCGCCGGCGGCCGGAGGAAGGCGAAAAAGAAGACGACGAAGGAGAAGGUGAAGGUGAUCCCCAACCUCGACAUCUUGGAGCUGCACACCAAGGAGACGCUCAGGAAGAUGGUCAUACCCAAGAAGGAGAAGGACGACGUGCCGAGCUCGCUGCUCCGCGUCGUGUGGAGUCGUCCCGGCGAGCUGGCCAUGAUUGAGCCAGAACUCCGCACGCCGGAAGCUCGUCUCUCCUUCGUGCUGGCCAACGGCAAUGCGAACAGUGGCUGCGAAGGGCGUUUGCCAUGUAAGCGCAAGUGCGUCCCGGACAAGACGCGCAUGUCGGCACCGGGCUCCACUCCGCCGGCGGGUGGCGGUGCAGGCGGCAGGGACGCGUACACGUACGACUCGGACGAGGGCGCCACCACGCGAGCCGGCGUUGGCGCGUCGCCGGCGCACAGAGCCAAGAGGAGCGACACGGAGCCCGCCGAGCGCGCUGCUCUGGGGGCGGCCGUGAAGACGGAAGGAAGUGACGGACCUCGCGCGCCCAGCCCCGCUGCCUCGCCACGCCACCCCACCUCCUCCGGCGCACCCUCCCGGGAUCCUGACGGCAGCCGGGACGAGCGUGUCAAAGGGCGACUCUGCGUGGUCGUUGUCAAGAAGGAGAGGGAGGCGUCGCCCGACACCAAGGAGGCGGCGGCCGCGCCGGCGCUGGCCAAGCCACGGGGCGAAGUGAAGGCGCGCGUGCAGGAGUUCCCGCAGGGCUCCUUCCGCAUCAAGAUCGAGGCGGCGGAGAAGUCGAAGGGCAAGGAGUGCUCGCGGCCGAUCUUCUCCAUCAAGAAGGAGGGCUGCGGGCGGCGUAGCGGCAGCGGGGACCAGCGUGGCCGGGAGCCGCCCCAGCAGGGACCGCUGCGCAUCAAGAUCGAGAGGCGCGACAGGUCGGAGGGUGCGGAGCCCGUCAUCAAGGAGUGCCCGCGCGUCGCAGAGGUCAAGGCCGGUGGCGGCAGUGGUGGUGGUUCACGGGAGAAAGACGCAGGGCCGCGUGGAGAGAAGGAGCGAUGCAAGACCGCCGAUAGGGAUGCCUGCGGCGAGGGAGUCCGGGUGAAGCUGAAGAUCAAGGAGCAUGUGACGAGGCCCGAGUCGGAGCGAGAGGACUGCCCGUCGAGAGGCCACGUCCAGCCAAAGAAGGAAGGUGGCAACAGCGGUGACUGUAACAACCCGAAGGUGAAGGAGUCGAGCAGUAGCAGCAGCAACAGCAGGCAGAAGGUGGAUGGCGAAGCAAGGUCCCAAGGCUUAGUACACGUGGAAGAGAAGGCCAAGCACAACGAACAGCGGGUGAUGGUGCCCUCCAGUGUUGGCGAGCUAUCGCAUGGCAAGGAGCACCGGCAGCAGCUCUUUGCGGAGGGCAAGGCGGGCCAGGAGUCCCCCAGCAAGGACCUCAGGAAAGAUCCCAAUGCCCCCAGGCAGCAGCUGAAAGAAACGGUGGCAGCAGCCGCAGUGGCGACGCACGUCAAAACGGACAGCGGGCAGUGCCGGGCGGGAGAGAAGCGGCUUCACCAGAGCCAGUCCGGCCCUACCGAGGGACGACGGGCUGAACCGAAGACGGGCAGCACGGAGAACAUGCAGAAGGUUCCACCCUUGAAGGAGCAGGCGCAGCAGGCACAGCAGGGGGCAGGAGAACCCAGGAUUAAGGGUGGUGGGGACAGGGGAGAGGUGCAAAAGAAUGGGUUGAAUGUGUUGAAGCAAAAGUCGUCUGAGAAUGGGGUUAAGAUUGAUGCGAGGCAGCCACAGCAGCAGGGACCGCAGCAUCAGCAGCACAAACGCCCUCAACAGCAGCAACAGCCUGAACAGCAGCAGCAACUACAUCACGCUCAGCAGCAACAGCAGCAGCAACAAUACAAACACCCUCAAGAGCAGCAGCAGCAGCAGCACAAACAUCCCCAACAGCAACAGCUUCAUCAGCAACACAAACAUCUUCAAGAGCAGCAGCAACCCAAACACCCAAGACAGCAACAGCAGCAUCAUCAGCAGCAGCAGCAGCAGCCCCGGCAACAUCCUGCACGUCCGGCCUUGUGGCUCGACAUCAGGACAGAACAGAAGCCAGCGGACAAGGGCCAUUCGGCAGUGAGCGAUGGCGUCAGCGCGGUCAACAAGCGGCACGUCCAGGAGCUCUGGCCUGGCCAGUCGUGGCUGGAGACACAGGUUAUGGACAAGCCGCAGCAGCGAUUUCACCAGCCGCAGCUUCAGCAGCAGCCGCAGCAGCAGCAGCUUUUACACCAGCAGCAGCCAUUCCAGCAUCAGCAACCAAACCAGCAGCACACGGCUAAUGCUUGCCUACCGGAUGCGGCAACUGCUCGCUCCCGACAGCGCUCCGGCGAGGAGCACCUCGCGAAAUGGAUGCCGGGCGCCGAACCUGGGAAUUCUGCAUUUGGCGGUGGCGGUGACAGCCUGCUGGAGCAGCUAAGGGCGGUUUGUCAACAGGUUGGCGGACAGCAGGGGCCGGCUCGCAGGGCGGAGAGGAGGCCCAGCGAGCAGACGGGCGCCGUCUGCAGCGUGAUCAGGGCCACACCUACCUCUCCCAACGUCGAUGCAAUCCAGGGCAUGCUCGCCAUGGUCAACAUGCCCAUGGGCCCCAUUGGACAGGCGGCCACGCACACGGCGCCGCACGGCCCAUUGUCCCCGCCGCCUCUCGCCCCCGGCCGCCUCCCGAUAUCCCUACCACCCGCGGGCCGCUCCUCGCACGCCAGUGCACAGUCUGUUCCCGCCGGCGCCCACGUCACCUCGCCGUCCCGGAGGCACGGAGGCCCUGCGGCGCCGCCGUUUCUCGGUGCAUCCUCGCGACCGGAGAUCCACCGAGCCACGUCGCCGCCCCCGCCGCUUACCCUGCGCGCCAUCUCCCCGCCGCUGACGCCGGGCGGCCAUGCGUCGUCUCGGCCCUCGACGCCGGCGGGACACGUGCGCUCGCCGCCGGGGUCGCCAGGGGAACACGCAUCCUCGCGACCGCCGACCCCCGGCGCCCAGGAGACUUCGCGACCCCCGACCCCCGGUGGGCAGGAAGUAUCGCCGCCGCCGACUCCAGGGCGCCAGGUGGCCUCGUCGCCACCGCCCGUGCCGUCUCUUUCCGUGGGGACGAGCGUGAUAGCGCGACCGCCCCCCAGCUGGGAGAAUGUUGCAUUGCAGCAGCAGCAUCACCAGCAGCAGCAGAAUCACCAGCAUCACCAGCAGCAGCAUAAUAGCCAGCAGCAGCAUCGCCAGCAGCAACAUCACCAGCAGCAGCAACAUCACCAGCAGCAGCAACAACACCAGCAGCAGCAACAACACCAGCAGCAGCAACAACACCAGCAGCAGCAACAACACCAGCAGCAGCAACAACACCAGCAGCAGCAACAACACCUGCAGCAGCAGCAACACCUGCAGCAGCAGCAACACCUGCAGCAGCAGCAACACCAGCAGCAACACCACCAGCAACACCACCAGCAGCAACACCACCAGCAACACCACCAGCAGCACCACCAGCAGCACCACCAGCAGCAACGUGUAAGUCAGGCGUCACCCUGGCUUCCAGCGCGAUCGAACUUGCAUGACGACUCCUACAACAGCCGCGUGAACCCCAAAUCGAUGCCCUUCCGCGAUACCGAGGGCGCUGCCUCAAUGGGUGUUACGCAGACGGCGGUCAUCGACAGCCGUACGGCGCCCUGGUGCCCUCCCCACGAGCAGCGAGUGGGGCCAUUGCCUUCCGAGUCAGGCGGCUACUCCUACGCCCACACGCGCUACUCAACGGCGGACUGCCUCACCAGCGCCUUGUACGCACCGUUGCCGGCGGACGGCGGGCUGGCCUCACGUCCUGGCGACAACCUGCCCCUGGCUCAACGGCAGAACUCGGUGGUGACGGCAGCCAGGACCGUGAUCUUUGAGGCGCCAGCGGUCUCGCGGGCGCCAAAUGGUCACGUUGUCCAUGGCGACAGCAGCAGCACCAUCUCACCCUACGCUAACCGCAUGCUGGCAGGGUACUACGGCCCGUACGGUGGCAGCGGUGCCGCUAUCGAGAGGCACCCAGCGCCGGAGAGGUGUGCUACAGCGCAGCCUCCGCCACUCGGCUCGUGCAGGGCACCGCUCCCGGUGCCAGGAGGGCACCCGCUGGCUACUUACCACGGCGCUGGCGCCAGACCCGUGCCAUCGUACCACCCACCACCGCCGCGAGCCGGCGCGCCAAGACAGGCGAUAUCCGGCCGCCCCCCCGGGAGCUUUGACGGCCGCGCGCUAGGCCGUGUAGCCCCGCCGCCCUCCACCCUGUACGACAGCCGCGUGGCCGUGCGUCCCCCGGUCUCCACGGCGCCGGAAGAGAAGGUCCCGAGCCCGCCGCUGCUGCUGAGGGGACUGUUUGACGUGGGGGAGAAAACGAGGAUGAAGCACAGCCAGUCGUUGGAAUCUGCCUACAUGUUCUCCUCUUCUGACUCUGAAGAGGACGAGCCGAAGUUGAUGAUCAGUGAGACGCUGUCGCGGGAAGACACGUGGAUGCCGAGAGAUGAGCUGGAACUGGAAGCGCCGCGCCGCGACUGGUCGCUGCAGGCGGGGCUCAGGACGGCCGAGGCAAAGUGCCGCCUCACCCAGGAACUGCCGCUGUCACCGCCCGUCAAGAGGCUUCGGCUGUGGGACCCCGACCGCGCACCGUCGGACGGGACGGGUCAAGUUUGCCGGACCGGCGGCGCCGACCGGGAGCGGUCACCAGACUGCGUGGAGGACGACAGCGACUCGUCAUCGGCAGGAGGCGGUAGCGGCGGCGCAGCCGAUGGCAGGACGGCGCUGCUCACUGGACUGGAGAGCCCCACCGACAGGGGGUUGAAACGUCCUAAGAAAGGGAUGGCGACUGCAAAACAGCGUCUGGGGAAAAUCCUCAAACUCCACAAGAACGGCCGCAUGCUGCUGUGAGCGACGGGGGGCGCCAAACCUCGCGCGGACGCUUCUGCACAUUCAGGGCUUUGCUACGAUCACGUCGCACCGCUGUGACUCACUUUGAGAAAUGGUUUUCUUUGUCAUCGUUUGUGUAUUUUGUCUUGUUUCUCCGUUUUGUACUUAACGAACUCGAAUUAUUAUUUUUUUAGUUGUGCCGUCAAUUACGGAAGAGGUGUGCGCGAUGAAUUGAAUCGGUUCGAGUGAAGUGGAUUGAAUUUAAUUUAUGGAGCUGCUUGCAGUUUUCAGUCUCUGGGGUCUAUUUGGUGCUGUGGAAUUGUCUGGAUCGGACGAGAUCACGGGUUUUAAACCGGGUCUUCCGAUCCCUUCUCAACCUAUUGCCUGAAUAAUUGUUGCUCUGGCUUUGGUGCUAAUUGUAGAAGAGAUGAUUUCAAUUGCGGUACUCCUGCCUGGUCGCUGUGGGGGGUUGUGGGUGGGGGGGGGGUACAGCUCCGGCAGGUGAGCGCUCUGCUCCCGCUCGUCUCAAUGUGCACGUUAAAAAUAAAUGCACUGCGUUACCCGGUGUGCAAGAGAGGAGGAGGGAACCGAGCUUAGAUACUCGCACAUGAAAGUGCUUUUUGAAGCUGGUGAACAACCACGAGCAGAAAAAGCAAUCUUUUAACGCGAGAGCUGACACAGAAAAAGUACCGUUCGUCAUUAUUUUACACUAAAAUCCCACCAUGGGAGGGCUGCGAUUUGCACUCGCGCGAUCGUGGGGGGUGGGCGCGCUGUGAGGCACGUCCACGGCGAAGCAAAACUCGACCUCACACGGAGUGAGGAAGGGGGUCCCACGUUUGCCGCGCCGCUCGAACCGGAUCUGGCGUGACUGCCAGGCUAUGCCGGCGCCGCUGCGAGAUAACGGUUGGGAGCAGUCUCGUCUAAAAUCCAGCACGUGUGCACGUUUUUGUUUAUUUUGUUUGUGGCAUCCAGUUUUAUUCCGCGUUUGUCAGAAAAAGGGGGGAAAUAACACGCGAUGCGACGAGUAAGGUAAACGCAAAAUGCGGAUCGCACGAAUGCACGACACGUCCAUGUUGGAAACUCAUUCUCGGAACCGGUGAUUUUUUUUUUCCCCUCGUUAUCUUCGACGAAGUGCUCAGGUCUUAAAACACUCGUUUUUCACGUUGGACGCUGCUUUGGUUUUUGUUUUGAAAGUCGUCGACCGAAGUUUCUCAGAGUUGACGUUUGUCUGGGGUAGAACCGCGGUGAUGCUUGCGUUACUUCUCAACCCGGUCACUCUGCCCGCACGCACGUCCGUCAACGGGCUUACCCACCUUGAGAUAUGUCCCUAGUUUUUCUUCCACGUUUCCCCGUUUUAAAGGGCAGGUUUUGCCCCCUUACAAACUGGGAAGCGAGUUCUGGAGUCUUCUCAAUGGAGCGGGGACUGAUAUUUGAGAACCAUGAACCAGAAAAACUAAAUAUUCAAGACUGCUUCCACUUGAAACGCGUGCCACAGAGCCGUAACCGAUCCAUUUCGGGCACCACUGUGUUGCAAAAUGGUAAGUGUGGCUCAAACGCUUUGCAUUCUUAAGCUCUCGUGACAAUACACGCAGCGGAAUCAUGCGUGUCGGUAUAGAUGCUGAGCUCUCUGAUGCGUUUUCGGAUUGUACCGUGCGAUGUUUGGCAUGGUGUCUUGGCAUUUUGCGUCGCGUGCUGAGAACUUCUUAAAGAACUGAAUUCAGUUCCUGAAGAAGCUUCCCAGCACAGUUGCAAAAAAACUUUUGCAAACGCAGAGAUGCCAUGAGACUGACCGCACUGUAAGGAAACAACAAACGCAUCCAACCGUUGGAUCAAAUUUCCAUUCUAAAUCGUGACAAGUCAUGGAAUUGGCGAGGACAUUAAUUGUUCCUCCCCUACCAAGCGGCUUUCACACGGAAUGCCGAGGCUGACGUGCGUGCGGAGUUGGGCGAUGUCGAGGAGGUACGCAAAUGCAUCGACCCCGAAAUGUUCAGAAUUAUUGGGGUUUUAUUUUCCUUUUGUUGCAGCUGGCUGAACAAGCCAAAAAAAUCACGUCUGAAUCAAUCACCACGGUGGCUCUUUGGUUGUAAAUACACGUUGUAAUUCUAAUCUUAAUGCGGAACAAACCUUUUUAUAUAUAAACACAGUGAUGAUCAUAAUGAUGGCGUAGGGGAAGAAAUAAACUGUGGGAAGUUACGGAGAAGAGCAUGUUUUACAGCACAACAGACCAUUGCUCAGAUUCUAAGCUGUGCAGGUGGAAAACCGAUUGUUGAAUUUAGGUAAAACCCCUGUAGGGGGACGUUUGGUGGAUUUCGCUCCUCGGUUAUUAAUUCAGGUUUGCCAUGUGUACAUACUUGUUACUAAAUUGCCAGUAGGGUUGCAUUGUAGGGACCCCUGUUUGCCCUGUUAGUGUUAUUUAUCUGUUGGGACAAUUUAUUUGUAAAUACCUAAUCGAGAAAUUUUCAAUUUCCGACCGGAUUUAUUUAUUAAGAUUUUUUUUGUUUGAUAUUUUUUUUUGUAAUGGCUGUCUUGGCUUUUUUUUUAUUUUCUCUACGUUGAAUUUGUGUCCAUGUGGUUUUUUGGGUCGUUUUGUCUCGUUACGUAUGAUGCCCGUGUCGGUCUCAUCUCGGUGCUUGUGCGGGCGCACUAUUUAAUAAUAAUAAUAAGAUGAUGUAUAAAGCAAACACAACAACGGAAAAAGGAUGAUGGAAUUUUGUAGAAGCGGACGAUUUUAUUAAAUUCACAAAACAGUAUUUUUUUUUCUUAACCCGCGAACGAACACACGAACAAAUAAUUAUUGCGGCGGGGUCCUCGGCUCAGGGACAGCGGCGGACCCUCGUGAGGGGCGCGAGGGAGCUCAGGUCUUUUCUCGCUGGGGACUUGAAGAGGGGGGGGGGGGGGCCCCGGCGAGCCCCUGCCGCACCACCUAGGGGAGCGAGCGUGUGUUUCAGUUGUUGGGAGCGUUCGGUUUGGAGCUGUUGUGUGCCGCGACUUGGUGCCCAGCCGUCAAACACUUACCCACACGCCCAACUGCCCAGCCAGUCGGCUACCCGCACCCCCAUCCAUUCACUUAUCCCUACCCACUCUACUUCCUCUCAUACCCACUAAAAUAUCCACUUACCUACUCAUUCUAUAUCCACUUUAAUCUACACACUUCCCCACGAAGCAACCUUCACAUUCACAUAGCCACUCGAUGUAUUCGCGCACCUGAGUAGACACUUGUAUUCAGACCAGCCCAUGCACUUAUCUGCUUGCCUAUCUGCCCACUCACCAUCCAUUCGUGCACCCAUCCUCUCGCCGAUUGCCCUGCCUAUAUACUCAUACACUCACAUUAAUCCACCUAUCACUCACCUAUAUGUCUACUGCAGCGACUCGCCCUACCCAUGUACCCACCAACCCAUCUAAUUUAUUACCAAACUAUUCACUUUCCCAGCCACUCAACCCACUUACAUGCCCAUUCACCCAUUUACACCACCUUCCACUAACCUACCUGCCUGUCUCCCCAUUCGCACGCCUCUCCAACCCACUCACCUGCUUCCAAGCCCAGCAAUGAGGGAAUGUCGCUCGCUCUCAGGACCUCACUCGGCCACUCGUCUAUGCAACGCCAGGCGGGGGCGGUGGUGCAGCCCCCCACCCACCCACCAACCCCCUUCCCGCCCCAGAAGGGCAGAGCCCACCGCCCCUGGCCCAACGCUCGACAGCAAAAAAAACCCACAACAGCAGCGUUCCGGAACGUACGACCUAAACAUGUCUUGUCUUAUGCCGUCUGUUAAUUCCUUACAAUUUACAUGGUGCAGGGAGGGAGAAAUGUAUUCGACGAUGGCAGUGGCCAGUUGCAUAAAACACCUUCAGUGACAUUGUAUAUCACUCGUUUUGCAUUGUUGUGGCACACUGGUUAAAGUAUAUACAAGCCAAAACUCUUGUCCGUCCACACACAUAAAUAAAAUGUUCUUAUCCAUCGGCCCAUCGGCUUUGCAGACCAACACUCUCCGACCAACAUUUGAAGCAAACAAUCUCUGGACCCGUUUCGACAUUAUGGGUCUCGUCAGCCGUCAGGCUGGCUAAUGUUCACCUUGUUUCUGUUUAAUUGGUGCAAGUUAAGGGUGAAAAAGGGUAUUUUAUGCAACUGCCCACACGCGACAUCCCAAGCUGUUACGGUUGGCUGAGGCAAAAAAAAGUGGUUUUAAGUCGAGAGGGUUUCCCUGUGGCUAAACUGCCACAGGGUAACGCUUGGCCCAUUUGAAACUCGCUGGUAAAAAGGUGGUGGUGGGUGUUUUUGGGGGCUGAUGAGUCACAAUGUAUUAAUAAUUACAUGUGAGCAUAACACUGGAGCCUUUAAUGCGAUAGAAAAUAAAUAUUUCCAUUUGCGUGAUCAUAAGUUCUUCCACGUGUAAUGCCCCAUUUUGGUUUUUUAAUUGGUACACCGGGAGUGCCAGGUUUUUCUGAUGGUAUUUUUUUGUAGUUGUGCAACAUGGUUAGACCGACCGUUUGCACAUCUGCAACAUAGACAUAGGGCUCCAUUAACUGAUGGGCGAUAUAUUUAUUCGCCGUUUUUUUUUUUUGCGACAACAUACUCAUGCAUGGAAAUGGUGUAAAUGUAUUAAGGUGGUGGUUGUGGUAAGAUGUCAAUCUGGCUCCGUGUCUUUUCCUCAAACAAGACCAAGGCUCCGAUCAUCUCAAUUAAAGGCUCCGAGCCAGUGAUCACCAUUUCACAAUCAUAUGGCAGGCUUCGGUCAACAGAACAAAUCACUGCUGGCCUCCCGCAAGUGGUAUUUCAUUUAGCUCUCAACCUCUGAUUGCGUCGAAUACUUUCCCCACAGCUCUAUCCACCUCGGGCGUAAAACGGCCUGCCCUCUGGUUUUAGUUGCAAUGUAAUAUGGGGACAAUUUUUUUUAUUCGCGCCAUUACAACAAGGCUCUCACGAAGGUGCUACGUUUCACAGAUGGGUGUAGUCUGCAAGUAGAGGGCAUUGUUGCUACGUGUUUUAAAUCCAUUUUUAAGUAAUUGGCGCGUGUGUAUCUGGCUCCAGUUUCCAUUCAUGUGGCAAUGAGGCUCCAUCAGCCCCCACCCUAUCCCUCCAACCUGUAUUUCCGACCUCGUUGCACUGUUCGUAUGCGGCCACGGAGCGGGGGGACGUUUCGAGGUAACACAAAACCCAAAGGACAAGCAGCUCUUACCUUCUAGGUACCCGCUAGGGAUGUUCUCAAAUUUCGAAUUAAUCUGAAAAGUCCAAACAAAUUGGCUCUGGUACGAAAUUUCGGAUCAUCAGAAAUUUGACAUCACAGAAAUGUGACGUUAUAAGAUGUGACAUCGCUAAAAUUCCACCGCAGGAAGUAAUGUCCACGCAAGGAACGUUUUGUGUCAUUGGGCAAUGCCACUAUUGUCGGCGCUAAAAGACGUACACAUUUGACAUAAAUGUAAAUGAUACAAAAUGCAAAAGCGAUCCGAAUUUUUCCUUAAAUUCAAAACAUUAAAUAUUUUCAUCCGGAUCUCAUCAAUAAUACACACCGAGGCUGUGUGUCCCAUCCUGUCCGGCACAAGUUUGAAGCUUCAUAAUGAAAUACACAUUUAAAAUCACGAUUUGGACAUGCUGUCAGUGCUGCAGUGACGUUGCUGCAUUGACGCUACAAAUAAUGCAAUUGACUAUCAAGUAUUUUUCUGGGUAACGAAGCUUCAAACUCAUGUUAGCCUGGCACACGCAGACUUGGCAAAUUAUUUAAUAGAUGAGCGCUGUUCUUUGGCUUCCUUGAACGAUGGAGUCCGUGACGAGAUGCGCGUCGGGGCAGGCGGUGCUAUAAAUGAGAAAGUGGUGCUAUGAUGGCGAGUGAUGCACUGGUGAUGCCACAUUAAGGGGUGAGCUUUGGCCAUAAGUCUUGUAUUUUCCUAGUGCCCAGCUUUAUCUUAAACCCUGGUCAAUACUCUUGCCCAAGUCUGCAUGUGUAUGUGACAUGAACACUACUAACUCUUACCCCAAUACUAGCAUUAGUCAUCGCUUUGUCCUAACUAGCUUCCUGACUGCUCACUUUAUUUCUGGCAUAAACUAUAUCGCAGCUCAUAACCUAACAUCCUAUCCCCUAAUUGUACCCUCAUCCUUAUUUAUAACCACAAGUCAUUACCCUAGCAACUCCAGCACAUAUUCAUCUAUCAACUAUCGCAAACACUAAACCACAUCGAAUGUGUCCACCGGUGAGUCUUUGCCCUGUGUGGAUAUAGUUUGUGGGUGCAGACCAGAUAGUUUGCUUGUUGGUACCAUCUGAAUUGGCAAAACUGUAGUGCUAUAGUUACUUAAUUACGUGAUAUUUUCAUAUCAAUUACAAGGUAGACCAUAAUUUAGACUUUUGGAAAGUUGAACUUGACGGUAAAAAAUAUGCAAUCGCACAUUGCCAGAUAAAUAACAUGGACACUGUUGAAAGAAACGGAGCAAAAACUUAGAAGUGCGCCAAGAAGCCUCGGGAGAUGCACGAGUAGCACAUGGAUUAGGAUCACAGAUGUGAAUCCGAGACACCGGUGGCUGUUGAGACGAGUGGACCUGGACAGAGCACGUCGCUCGAAGUGAUGAUGGCCGGUGGUGUGGUCGUGGACUUUUCUCUCCCCAGGUGUGACCCUUUUGAAACGGCCGAGGUCAAUAGCUGGUGACAGUCGAGAAACGGCAGGCCGAACACAUCACCCUAUGAUAGAUCAAUAUGAAGGGAUUAAUGAAGGUAAAUAGCUUUUAAAGGCUUAAAGCAUAUCAUGAUUACAUACUAGCAGCAUUCAUAAUCUGUAUUUAGACUGGAGGAAUCCGAUGAGCUAUGAAGCACUUUUUUUCGCAGAUGUCAUGAUACUGUCAUGAAAAAAAACAAGUGCAAAUUAACGCAUUAGGCAGAAACAUUUUGGAAACCGUUUCAUUCAAUCUUUCAUUCAUUAUAGACGAUCGUUUAAUCUGGAUUAUCCGUAUACUGCAUAAGCCGGGCCACGUUGGUCCAUGUCCAUCUACAUUAUUGUGGAUCAAUGAGCAUUCUGUGAGCUCGGCACUGGAUUCAUUUUGUUUCAGCAUACGUAGCAAGGUGUAAGCGCACUAAAAUUCAUGGCAGAUCUCUUGAUAGCUUUGAAAAAAAAAACUUGGACACAUUUAGGUAUCCCUGUCGGAAGGUAUCCAGAUUUAAAGUCGAGGUCACAUGUCUUGUUACAUUGAUAGGGCAGAAAGAAUGGAAGACAGGACCUCAUGUGGUCUGAUCUAUAAACAGAUGUAUAGAUCACGCAGCAUCAAUUAUGGGCAAUGAAGGUGGGUGUCAUAAGUUAGGGAGUUCGUGAAGUUAAGACAUUUCUGAACAAGAAACCUAACUUCGAUAUGUAACUUCUUUGUGAGGAUUUGUACGUGUGCUGAAUGUCAGGUGUGAGUUCAGCCAGAUGGCCCCAGAUAUUUCGCAGGAUUUAACUUUUUCCAUUGUAGAGCCGCAAAUGGUUUUUCAAGAUAUUGUGGCAAACGUUUGGGUAUCAUAUGGAACAUGUGGCUAAGAAAAGAUAAGCGUUUGGUUUUGUGUUGAGCAGAAGUUUUGAGGAGAUAAGGUCCCUUUGGCGUCUAUUAGAAUCCAGUCAAAACUACUGGAAAUUUUUAUAGCUCAUCGGAUUCCUCCAGUAUAAAUACAUUAAUUUCAUCUCCCAAUGAGGCAGGCAUGUGUAACAUCAUUGUCAGCGUAGAAGUGGAGUUUGGAGUAUCUUGAGCCAGCAUUUUUUCUUUAAAUAGAGAACAGCAGGCUCCGUAUUAAUCCUCGGGAAACUCUUGGAGAUUGACUUUUUGAAUAUGAAACGUUGCUGUCUUUUCUCGAGGUAGUUUGAAAGCCAGCCAAGGGCCUUUUCACCGACUUAAUAGUCCGUCAUUAUUUCAAUCUUUGUUACAAAAUAUGAUGAUCAAGUUCAUUUAGUUUAACCAGGUGAGAACUCAAACAGACCAGGGUAGAGACUUCAUUUGCAACGGUGACGUGGUUCGCCAAAAUUAUCGGACGAAUGAAGGCUCUUGAAAAGUUGAAUAAAGCAAAUCAUUCUUAUUUUAUCUAUAAAGCAAUAUGAAUCAUUAGAUAAUAUAUUAAUUAUUUGGUUAUGUGGAGAGCGGAUAUGUGAAGGGAACAUAAUCCCAUUGUGUUAUAUUCUGAAUGACGACCAUUAUUAUUUUGUAUCAUUAAUUUAGUUUCUUCGACUACUAUGUCCUGGUCUGCAGCCUGACUACUUUGAGUUACAUUUGAGUCCUGCCUCUAAAUGUGAAAUCACUAAAUUGACAAAAUAGAAAAAACUUUCGACAGUGCUUGGAAUGCAACAUAGCACGUAGUCAUUUGGAUUGUUUACUGCAUAUAGCAAUACCCAUUUCAAAUAAUUAGGCACUGAGUUGGAUCAAACUGGCAGUGAAAGAGAUUGUGCAGAAAUUUGAAAGAAUCCCAUUGGGUGCCGUCCAGGAGAGGAUGAACCACCACGGAGAUGGAGCGAUGACUUCGGUUCAUUCGUGAGAUUUAAUCGUGGCAUCAAGCUCAUACGUGCCGUAAUGCAAGUCAGCGUGUCGGGAGGGAGGCGUGGGGGGGGGCUUCUCCUAGCAGUGGAUAGACAAUGGCUCUUCAUGACGACAGUUUUUCAACUUCAGAUGGUACCAAUAUCAGCUCUGGCUACUGGACUUCAUUUGGCGAUAUUUGUGAUGCGAGGCAAGACUCCGGGGUCGUGAUGCAUUUGCCCCCUGUUUCAUCAUCGUCUUGGGAUGAUUACUCUAUCCUAUCACGGCGCCUUGACCGGUGCCUCUUUCCCCAUCGCUAAUGCACAGCUCCAUUGACGUGUGACGAGUGCGAUGGACACUGUGUGUGCGUUUUGUACUGUUAAUUCCUGGAUUUAUUUUAAUUGAUGACUUGGGCUCUAAUGGACCCCGCCACCUAUCCUGAGUUAGUGCCGGAAAUAGUGUCUUCAAAAUGCAGUGUCCAGGUAUUACACCAUCUGUAGCAAUGUUGAUGCAGAUGAUAAUUAUUUUUAAAUUAAAUUGAUUGCACGGUCGGGUGAGUGUGUGGCACGUUAAUCAAUUCCGAUGUUUGUUUAAUUUUAAUAGAUAACGAUCCAACAAAACGAAUCUCAAUGCAAUGCAAAAGAUUUUUGGUUUUACAAACUGCAUUUAUGCUUAAGCCUCUGCCGCAACUUUUGCAAUGUUUAUUUUUUAUCGAGUCGCCGAAUUUGUUUUGUGAACUUUAUCAUUUACAAAGAGAAUCGAUCACUGCAGUCUUUUGUCACGAACAGCUGCCGCCUGUAAUCGACAUAGGAGGGGGCGAUUCCACGUGCUAGCUGGGAACGUAGGGAUUUUGUCCGCAAGGCGGAUAUCGUCCCCAGCGUCUCACGGUAUAGAGAGGGCUCAUCAAUGCAAACAUUCAUAUCCACUUUUGUACGACAUUGACGCAACAGUGUUUCACACAAAAGCCAUAAGCGCACUCAUUUCCCUCGCGUGCGCGAUGAAAGGGCGCCGUCAGGAGGUCUGAAACGGCACACUUUCUCAGUUUUGCCAAGACUCCGUUGGGCUACGUUCACUAUCUUAAAGAUCCGUUGAAGCGACCCACCCACCCCCUCGUUCACCUGUCUAAAGUUCUAUUGAAGUCAUUGCCAUCGCUGAUGUCAGUGUUGGGAACACCCGUUCACUUUCAUAGAUCUCUAAAAGCCACCUCCGUUCAAUAUAGUGGUGGCCGCCUUUAACUUGCAUCGAGGUGGGGUACGAAGGCGAUGUCCGUUCUCUGUCCUCAAUAUUGGUUACUCAGCCAAUCGCUGGAAUAGAUAUCUAAAAUGACCUUAAUUCACGCUUUUUAGAUAUUACAAAGGUGACCUCAACGAACUCUGUAAAUAGAACUCAGUAUUUUUGCAUUAUUUCCAACCGUUAACGUAUGGAUACAAUUACAAUAUGGUUAUAGUUAGGGUCUAAAUGCAAAAAAAAAUAUUUAUGCUUUACAGCAACUAUUGAAACGAUUAUACUUCAACAUUGCAAAAUCACGGGAGAUAGGUUUCUCCCUGCUACACCAGCGGAAAAUUCACGGCAUAGUAACAACAAUACUACUAACAAUCGGGAGUAGUACAACAAUACUAAAUAACGAUCGUGAACGCGCGCGACACGCAAGUCGAACACGAUCGCAGAGGUCGCUUAAACGGGUCUCUUAAAUUAUCGUCGGCGAGUCGCCCACAAUGCUCGCUCGGCUCGGCUCGCUUGCGAGCGAUGCUGAAAGUCACUCGACAGCGUAUUCAAGCGGACUCCGGAGAGAGCGCUCUUCCAGUCGAGGAGGCCACGUAGAAGCCGCCGCGCGUACGAAUGUCGUCGGUGUCGCGAUUACGUUGAGGCCCUCCGCCACCGUCGUCGUCGUCGUCUCUUUUCGGUUUUAACGUUUUUCCUUCGACUCCCCUCCCCCCAAUCCCAACAGGGUCGUCCUAUAAAACGGCCGCGCUAAGGUGCUAAACGGCUGCGGUGGUUUUGUUUCGUUUUCGUGACUGCGCGUCGUACUGGCAGGAGGAGGAUGGGUGGGGGGGACUUGAGAAGAUGAUGUAUUUGGGGUCGAGCGUGGUUGGUUGUGUUUUUUUUUGUUUGGCCCACCGUCUCGGCGUGCACAGAGGCUCUCCCGGCACCCCCCGUUGGUUGGCUGCGUGACUCCGCCGAGACGUCGUGCAGACACUCUGCACCACCCCUCCCUCCCACUGCGUCCUUGUCCGUCCAUCCGUCGUGUUUAGGGGGUUUCGUUGAUUGAACGUCUUCUGUGACCUGAUGGGUGAUGGGGGGGGUGGUUAUUAUUAUUGUUGUUAUUGUUAUUUUUUUCAUGUUUGUGGGGGUCUUGAUUUAGAGUGUAAACUAGCAGGACUUGAAGUUUCUUAACGAUAAUUUUAAGAAUGUUGUGUGUUGUACAGCUUUCUGUCGAUGGAGUGUUUUUGACAGUUGGAUAGUGGCAGCUUUAAGAAUUUCUUUUGUGGAAAAUUUGAAUUUUAAAUAAAUUGGUGGGUGAAUGAG